CCUCUCCUUCUCUUGCACUGCCUGCCACCUGCCUCGAGCCUCUGAUUCCACACGCAUGAGCACAGCCGCCGCGUCCGCCUCUGCCUCCGGCGCCGGCUCCGGCUCAGGCUCCGGCUCCGGCACGCGUUCGCGCGCCGCCUCGGCGUCCGGCUCCACGCUCCCUGGUCUUGGCCUCGGCGCCGGGCCGUCCAGCUACGAUGCUGCCGCCUCGUACUCGUCGGCGACGGCUGCUUCAAGAAGGAGCACCCUCGCAAGCACUUCGGGAGCAGGCACGGGAGCGGGCACGGAGCAGGGAGCUGGCGCAUCGGUGGAGGAGUACAUCGAGGUGCUCAGCGCGGAACAGCACGUCGAUCUCGCCAAGCUGCGAGACUAUGCACGACACGGCGUGCAGCCUUCUGUGCGAGGUGAGGUGUGGCUGUACCUCCUCGGCGUUCUCUCAGACGACAAGAGCCAGGAGAUGACCUCAGUGCGAAGCAAGUACCUCGAGUACGAGCAGCUCGACAAGCACAACGCCGUGCUCGAGAAGCGCAUCCGUCCCGAAUGUGCGCGCUACUAUCAGCGCAGACUUAUCAAGCGGUCUCCGCCGGGCAGAGGGCUCGCUCGCACCGCUCAACGCAUGCCUUUCCGUCCGCCGACAAAAGCCGCAACCCCAGCCUCGGACGACUACUUCGUCUCAGGCCUUCGCUCCGCCUCGUCCUCGCUGCCCGUCUCUCCUCUCGAUCGCGGUCCGAACCGCGUCGACGGAGCAGCUUCACGCGCUCGCGUCGGCAUCAUGGGCGGCACCGGGCACGACCAAACGCCCGGCACCGACGAUCUCGAUCCCGAUGCCGCUGCAGGUGCCGAGUUGAAGCGCUUCAGCACGGCGGUCGAGACGAUCAUCUGCGCCUACUUGAAUCGCUGGACGUGGAUGGCGCCUGAAUCGGAACGCAUCGAUGAGGAACAAGUCUCGUCUCAUCGCCGACGCUCGGAAAGCACAAGUAGCACGGGAACGAAUUGCGGACCAUAUGCCACCUCGACCGACGUCUCGCGUGUCCCUCGCUCGAGAGCUUCAAGUUCAGCCACGUCGACGUCAAGCACAGCACCUCAUGUCUCUCUGCAAGGGUCGGCUACUUCCGGUCUCGAGCUCUCCGUCACAGGACAGCUUCAAGCACCCUCCCUUCUCCGGCCAAACACGACGUCCUCGCUGCCGAAAGAGUACGAGUGGGCGCACCUGCCCGCCUCUCAUGCACCAACUGCGGCAGGAGAAGCGCUCGGCGCGCUCGCUGCAACCUCUCAGCCCGAGUUCAGAGCAGACCUAGUCUUCCUCUGUGCGCCCUUCGUCAAGUGUGUGCGCGUCGAGGCGGGCAUGUACUUUGCGUUUGAGCGGCUGAUGGGCAUGAUCGAGGCGCACAACGCCAUCCAGCCCCUUCCCGCACGCGUCUCGGCCUUCCUGACGCUCUUCCGCACCACGCUGCCGGAUCUGUACGCCUACUUCGAGGAAGAAGAGGUGGAUGUCGUGGGCUUCGCGACGGCGUGGCUGAGGCAUCUACUGGCCGCUGAGAUGUGCAUCGACGAUCUGCUUCGCCUUUGGGACACGUACUUUGCCAUUCCCGAUCCGCUGGAUCUGCAUCUCUACAUCUGCAUCGCCAUUCUCACCAACUGCAAGGACGCGCUCGAGGAGCUGGACCAAAGCGAGGCGAAGAGCAUGCUCUUUAGCUUGCCGCCGUUGGACGUCGAUCGCAUCAUCAACGAGGCAAUGAACAUCCGCGUCUCGGUCAGACAGGCGCAGGCUGCGGGCGAAGAGUAGGGCGCGGCUGCUGCCUCUCCUCUAUACCUGUCGGGCACUCCAUUCGACGCACGAGCGAUAAAUCUAAUGGUUGCAGAGCU